AUGGGAGUUGUUGACUUUUAUGGGUUUAUUGAUCCAGCUGAGGCUGAGAUAUGGCUGAAUAGGACAGAGCGUGUCUUUAAUCAGAUGGGUUGUAUUCUAGAAGAACGUUUUGAUUAUGCAGUGUCUCUUCUUCAAGGUGAUGCUUACAAUUGGUGGGAGACAGUCCCACACGCUAUGAUACAACCUCCAGUACUCAGUUGUGAUGACUUUCUUAGAGAAUUCAGUGACAAAUAUAUGCCAGCAGUUUAUCGUGAUGAGAAGCAGAGGGAGUUUUUGUCCCUUAAGCAGGCAGAUAUGGGUUUAGUUGCUGACUAUGAAGUGAAAUUUACUCAGCUUUCUCGAUAUGCAUCUGCAAUGUUGCCUACAAAACAAGAUAAGUGCAGACGUUUCGAAGAGGGGUUGAUAUACGAGAUAAGGAGCAAGAUCACACCUUCAGACCUUCAUUGUUAUAGUGAUUUGCGUGCAGCUGCUAUUCGAGUUGAGAGAUAA